GCAGUGCGAGCUGGAGACUUCUGAGCAUUUGGCUCUCGAGCUCGGAUUCCCGUUAUCCCCACAAGUUUCGAAGCUACUUGGAGCAAUGCUGCGCUUGGCAGUGGUGCUUCUAGGACUUAUGGUGGGCUUCGGCGCCGAGCUUUGCCUCGAUGAUGGUGUGGCAGAAAGUGAGCGAGCAUACAUCCAGGAUGAUGGUGGCAACAACAUUCCAAUCGGAGUCUUUGAAAUGGCUUGGGCAUCUUCCACCCUUCUUGCCGAGAUGACAGCAGUAAUGAUUCGUGAGGUGCUUGGUUUCCACGCUCAUGUAGAUCCUACAGUGGGUGGGAAUGGAGGUUCUCCGGUCUUCGCUUUGGCAGGAUGUACCGACUUCAACGACAAAGUCAACAGGAAAUGUGGCACCCAAGAAACAACGAUUCAUGUCAGCGUGGACUCCUGGAUUGGAAGCUAUGCUUCUACCCAGAAUCAAUUCGCCAAGGAGUAUCCAAGACUUGCCGCGGAGGAUUUGGGGAGCAUGGGAUAUGUUGGCGAAGAAUCCAUGUACGUGAGCCAGGCUAUUCUCAAUGCAGCCUACAGCGAAUCCGGUCUUGCUCUGGACUUCUACAAGAGUUACAACACUUCGCAUCAUGAUCCAAAGAGACUGGUCUGCUGAAAGGAUGAUUUCCUUGACUUUCACUCUUUUUGUGACUGUCUAAUUAUCCAUUGACCCCAAUCAUGCAAGUGUCAGGAAAUAUUUUGGUUCCAUCCACGAUGUGAACUUGUCAGAGUUGGCGCUCUGCAGUGAUACCGACCUGAGCGACCGGAACCAAAUGUCGGACUAUGCCAAGUAUUCAGGCGACUAUGACGGGGUCGUCAGCCAACCAGAUGGCACAUUUGUUGCCAAGUGUACAAACGACCGCUGGUGGUAUGCCCCUGCAUGUCGGGCCAAUGCCUCCACGUGUAUCCCUGUCUUCACGGCCGGGACCGGGUGGAAAGCGCAGCCCAUGAUGCAAUGGUCCACGGCCUACGGAAUGCCAACGGCUCUCGGAGUCUCGGGCGGGUGGUCGUUGUUCUUGAAGCAUGUGCGGACUGUCCAGUGUCUACAUUACUGGUGGGUUCCAGAUUCGACCUUCAUUCAAAUGUUGCCAGAACAGCUGCUUUUUGCUCGUCACAGUGCCAAUGAGUGGCUUGCUGGAGACAAGAAGACAGGAGGUCAAGGAAGCUAUGUGUCCAAGAUGGUCAGCAACAACUUGCAAUCCAAGGCCGGCCGGGUUCGAGAGUUCGUAGCCAACAUCAACUUUGAGCUGCCGGAAGUGCAAAAUCUUCUCUUGGAGUUUGAUGCGACAGGCUCAGCCUACAAUGUUUCCUGCAAGUGGAUUCGAAACAAUCGAGCCAGGUGGUCAGCCUGGAAGCCAAAGCUGACCAGCUGCUACGAAGGCUUCGGGUUGGUUGACGCCUCCGGAGCUUUUGUGCCCAACAGGACACUUGCCGUUGGAUGCGGCCUGUGCCAAGCAGGAACUGCAUCUGAGGAGCUCAUUGAUGAUGAGGGAAGGACUUUCCAAUGCAAGCAAUGUCCUCCUGGCUACAGCCAAUCGAACACUUACUCCACCAAAUGUGAACCGUGCCCAAAGGGCACUUCGGCGAGCAUGUUUGGAAGCAUCUCAUGCACUCCCUGCAACGAAGGAGAGUAUCAACCGGAUACAGCUCAGACUUCAUGUAUCCCUUGUGAUGCUUCCCGAACAACCCUGCUCUUGGGCGCGUCAUCGUUGGCAGAUUGCGUGUGCCAGGCAGGGAAAAUCGAGCAGCUCUCCACUUGUGAGGAUUGCAGUGAGGAAAGCAUGCAUUGCCCCAAGGGAAGCACCGUUGCGAUGCUUGUAGCAGCCCAAGGAACGACCGACAUAAGGGGCCCUUUUGUGAAGAAAGGCUUCUUUAGCAAUCCACUCGUACCUCUUGACACUUACAAAUGUACCGCGGAGCUCUUUUGCCCCGGUGGCUCCCCCGGUCAAUGCUUCGGGGAUCGUGAAGGUUUGACUUGUGGCGACUGCGCUGAUGGACAUUUCUGGGGUUCCGACCAAUGUGAGCCUUGUGGAGCGGUCCCGGUUGCAUGGGCCUUCUCGGUGACUAUGGUUGUGCUUGGAGUCUGUGGCUCUUACUAUAUGCUGACAUCCAGCUAUACGGCGAAGGCCAGUGUGAUGAUGUCCACCACAGCAGCCUUGGGAAUGCUUGUGGCCUUAUUCCAGAACUUGGGUGUCUUGAACACAGUUGCUGUUCCAUGGCCAGCUGGCUUGGAAGCAAUCCUGAGCUUUGCCUCAAUCUUUACCUUCAACCUUGAUGCUCUUGGCUUUAGUUGUGCUGCUGGAAGCAAUGUCGCCCGGUACGUCAGCACGGCCUCGUUCUUUUGGAUUGUGGUUCUUGCGUUGCCCCUUGUGGGUUUGCUCACGAACUUCAUUCCAAUUCUGAAUCGCCGCAAGCUCGCGUGGGAGAAGAACAAAACCAUCAGCACCACGGGACAGUUCUUGCAGGUCGGCUUCACGACCAUGUGCAAUGUCGGCCUCAUGCCUUUCAUGUGCUACAGACAUCCUACCGGUCAAGCGAGUAUCUUGAAGUACCCGAAUGUAUUCUGUGGCACAGAUGAGCACGUGAUCAUGCGGGUCUUUGGGGUGUUCGUGCUCAUUCUGGCCUUCACCUUCUUCACAGCAGCUUGCUACGCUGCAUAUCAAGCACCAAAAUGGUCAGGCAAACCAAGGCUGGCCGCCAUUCGUUUCUUGAUCUUCCGCUUCCGGCCCAACGUGUGGUAUUUUGGUUUGGUCCUCUUGGCUCGAGGACCCUUGCUGUCCAUGCCAGGUGUGAUAGCGACCAACAUGCCCAGCUUGCAACUUACGCUGAUGCACAUGAUCUUGCUUGGGUCUCUUUGCCUUCAGUUGUGGUUCCUGCCUUGGAAAUCUCCAAUCCUGAACCUGGUCGACGGAGUCUCAGUGUCGCUCCUUGUGAUGCUGUUGGCUGGGUCUCUUGGAUAUGCGGACAGCAGUGGGGAAGAAGCCACACGUGUUCUGGCGACGUUCGGAACCGUCAUCUCUUCUUUGAUGGUGGCCAUCCUUGGAGGCAUGGUGAUGCUUGGCCUAACUGCUCUCGUCUACCGUUCAGCGCUGGGUAGCUCAAAGGAACUGCGCGUCAUGAACCUUGGCAAGGUCCCAGAAGAGAAGGAUGUCUUUCAAAGUCUCCUUGAUGUGGCGACCUUUCUCAAGGAAGAUGGACAGGGCAAGGAGGAUAAAUUCAUCGACGACUUGGGCAAGCUCUCAGUCUAUGACAUUGGCACCAUCACCCGUGCAAUGAACAUUUUGGCCGACGACUUGAACAUGGUCGUCAGCCAGAACGGCAGCAUUCGCAAGAGUUCCUCCCGCCGCAUUGCCACCGGAUCACGGUCGAUCAGGAGCUCUGCCAGUCAAGAUGGCAAGGCGGACCCCGAGAAGGCAACGAGUGCUGCACCAGAGAGUUCCGCACCAGCUGAGGUGAACCAGAGCGAAAUGGUGUAAACCACUUUUGGGUCUACACAACGGUCCUUGGAGCUUGUUCGGGCUGGGUUGGAGA